AUGAGUAAUCAGAAUAAUUGCUGCAAUAGCAAUGACUGCUGCAACAAUGGUGACUGCUGCAACAAUGAUGAGUGUUUAAGUAGAAAGGUGGUUGUAGAUGCAAGUGGACAUGUCGUAGGCAAAUUGGCCAGUCGGGUGGCAAAGCUGCUUCUCGAGGGCUACGAAGUGGACGUGGUCGCAUGUGAAAGAGCCAUUUUCACAGGGCCACUUGAAAGACACGUUGGAAAGUACAAGGACUGGAAGAGGAAGAGAUGCAUUGUGAAUCCAAUGCGAGGAGCAUUCCACUACAAGGAGCCAUCGAAAUACUUUUUCAAAGUGCUAAGGACGAUGGUACAGAGAAAGACAAACAGGGGUGGAGAGGCACUGGGGAAACUCGGAUGCUACGAGGCGAUUCCAGCACAGUUCGUGGGCGUAGAGCGCGUGAUGUUCCCAGAAGCAUUGCACGUGGUCACAAACAACGUAGAGAGGAGGACGUGCACGAUUGGGCAGCUUCUGAGCAAGUUUGGCUGGAAGUACGUGACACUGAGCGACGAGAUCUAUUCGCGGGCUAUGAAGGCAGAGAAGGAGAUCAAGAGGCGCGAAACAGAGAGAAAGGAGCAGCUGGUGGAAAGUGAGGAAUUUAAGAAGAAAGUCAGGGCCAGACUGUUGGAACUGAAAUAA